AUGGCGAGAAAAGCAAAGGUCAUCAUAAAUGCCGUCGGUCCGUAUCGUCUCUACGGUGAACCUGUCGUGAAAGCUGCUGUGGAAAAUGGAGCCAACCAUGUGGACAUAUCUGGUGAACCAGCAUAUCUCGAAAAGAUGCAAAUGAUCUAUGGCCAAAGGGCUAAAGAAAACGGCGUAUAUAUCGUGGGCGCUUGUGGUUGGGACUCAAUCCCUUGCGAUCUUGGAGUAGCUUUCUUGAAAGAGAAAUUCAAUGGGGAUCUCAAUCAUGUGGAGAGCUUUGUGCAGAUGGUCAGUGGACCAUCGGUAAGUAAAUUUUGUUCUUGUUUGGUGUAUUGA